AUGACUGAUGAGGACGAUAUUGGAUUCGAAAUUCAUUAUGACAAAACUGGAGCUUGCGAUAAGCUAACUGAAAUGGAAACUGUCUAUCCGUACAUCCGUUUGGAGUGUACCAAUGUUCCAAUCACAGGACAUUUGGAUGUCACUGAUCUUGGAAAUUAUGUCCUUGAAUUUGACAACUACUACUCGUGGUUCUCAGCUAAACAACUUCGCUACAACAUCGAAAUUGAGGAUUUGUAA